AUGAUGUUAAUCACGGACGACUGGAAUGAUUGUGCUGAGAAUGAUAUCGGCCUGCGCGUGAUGACAGACAAGGCAAAGAUAUUAGAUCGUAUCGCUAAUAUGAUUUUCAUCCUUCAAACGGUGACGAUUGCUGCAUAUUACCUCAGAACUGUUAUCACUGAUGUCGAUAUUACAGAUAAAAUCGAGCUGCCGUUUAACACCAAAAUAGAGCUUCCUUUCAGUAUUAGUACGCAGCGAAUGUAUAGAUUAGUGUUAAUCACAGAAUUUAUACACGCAAUUUUUGCAAGUUGGGUACAAUGUGUUAUAAAUACCAUAUUUUUGGCUAUG